AUGCAGGCCAUCCAGGUCGUCGUCGUCCUCGCUUCCCUGGUCGUCGCCCUGUGCCACCCCCACAUGUCUGGAGCCUCGAGUGAAGCCGAGGCUGCGCGCGCAGCGGCCAUCGCCAGAGCCUUCCAGGCAGCCAGCUUGGGUCUCUCCGGCGCCCCAGUAGGGUGCUACCUGGGUGCUGAGAUAGGUGAGGUGCACACUGCCACCAUCUGGGAGCAGGCUGCUGCUUGGGGGCGGGGGGCCGGUGUAGUUCUGGAGGAAGUAGAUGUGGCACGCGCCCUUGCAGCUGGACGGAGGAGUGCAGGUGCGUGCAUCGAUAGGCCUGCCAGACGAAGUGGCCUGGCGCGCAAGGGCGGCCCUGGAUUAACGGCGCCACCGGCACCGCCAGCUGUGUGCGAUGCCGCCAUUGCCGCCGCCGCCGCCGCCGCCGCCGCUGCUGCAGCAAUUAGAGGCAAUUGUGCGCGAUGCCGUCAUCCGGUGACACACGCGCCGCUGCGCGCCCGGCCUGGAGAUUUGUCAUUUGCGAAAGUCGCGGCCGAGGCACGGGGGCGUGAGAACGAGCCGGCGGUCAGAUUCUCUCGCCCGGAAAGACGCGCCUCCUCAAUUGGAUAA